GUCGAGAUGCGCAAGACUUCACCUUGGAACCUCUCACAUUCCAACAACGGCCGUAUCUGCCACCAGCCCCCAUCUGCACGCGCAGACGGCUGUCGGUUGCUCGCCCAUCUCAUCCUUUUCACUUCUUCAUUCAUCUCCGCUCCCCUGGCCCCCCUUGUAGGCCUUUGACACGUCUUCACCGCGUGUGCGCGUUGUCCACUUCCCCGUCCACUGGCCUGCAGCGCUGUCGAGUCCCGCAACCGCGCAGCCCUCUUACCCUCAUCGCUCAACCGCACACAGCUCUCCCGGGAUGGCGCGAGGAAAUCUGUGCUGAUUCAACGGACGCUAGGUAUAUGGGUGCGCCUUGACGGCGGAGCCAUCACUUUGGAGCAGUGGUCCUCGACCACAUGUCCACAGCAAGACGCGGUGAAAGAAGACAAGACAGGAUUCUGCGACGGGCAGGUUCGCAUCGCGCGGGCUCGUCCGUCCACUCGCCCUCGCCUUCAGCUUCGGCUGUCAUCGCGUCAUCAGCCGCCGGUGAAACACGCGCCACUAGCACGAGCAAUAAUUUAUAUUCACCCAACAACGAUGCGCGGUGCCCAGGCGAGCUGCUAAACGACCUUGGCUCGCACUCCUCCACGCCUCCACCUUCGUCCACUCUGUCGGAGCCCUCAACCAUGUCGCGUUGUGGUCAAUAUACAUCUCUACACGCUCUUACACCCUUGACCAGCUCAGACUCGUCUCCACCUGGCAAGCUCCCUAGUCCGCGGUCCAUCACAUCUUCGUAUGAGACCAUGCACGCGACCUCUGCCUCCACUCGCGCGGCGCCAUCGAGCGCGUCCAAUAAUGUCACCAACACCAUCACCCCCAUAAACACGCCGCCAGAGACGCGCAUAUCCGUGUUUCCUUCCGACGGCGUGCUAGGUCAGCGCCUGACCUACGACCCGCUCCUCGACCCGAAACUUGAUAAAAAGGCGAGACAAAGCAGAACGCCAAAGUACACGUCGAUAUUGGAUAAGGGCGACCCAUCUCCUCCUCCCGACCCGCGGCUGGCAAUUGUUGGCUACUCUACCGGGAGCUAUAUUAUCAAGACGGUGGGUCCAAUUGCCCCGAAGACGAAAGUACGCAUAGCCCCAUAUGUCGCCAAGCCAUAUUCUUUCGAUUCCCGCAUAUCAUGCGGCCCGGGACCCGCGACCCAAGUCGUCGUCACAGGAUUUGACCCUUUAACCCCAGACGCCCAAUUACGGGGUUUCUUCUCCACCUACGGCCAAGUAGAAAACGUUCGCAAUCAGGUGCAUCCCGACAAUGGCAGCCCCUUGGGCAUCUGUCUAGUCAAAUUUCGCGACACUCCAGCUACGCGGGGCACAGUGGCCAUCAAAGCAUCAACAUCAGCAAAGCGAGCCGAGCGGGAAGGCACAAACCAGCGCAUUGGCCAGCAGUCUAUCAAAGUGCACUCUGAUCGCGAAGGCCGAAGAUGCGCGAAAUUGGUCGACUGGGCUGUACAGCAAACCCGCAAAGAGGAGGAGAAGUUGCGAGCUAAGCUGGCUGCAAAGUCGGCCUCGCUUGUGCCUCUAGUUACCCCAGGAAACUUUGAUUUACCAGCAAAUGUGCCGAAAGGCCCCUCUGGGAAAGGCGCACGACCGCCGAUCCCGAUACCUCGAGAACCCUUGUCGCGAAAGGCUGCGCUUUCGUAUCUCAUAGAACGAGAGCUAGUCAAACCAACCCUCAAACGGAAACCCUACCUUUUCAUCUCGCACGCAUAUGUACCGGUCCUCAGCACGACAGUGGAACAUCUCAAGAAGCGGUUGAAGAACUUUCGGUGGGCAGCUGUGCGGUGCGAUCAGACUGGAUACUAUGUGCUCUUCGAAGAAUCGAAGCGGGGCGAAGAUGAGACCGUUCGCUGCUUCCGCGAGUGCCACAUGCAAGCACUAUUCACCUACGUGAUGAACAUGGAAUGCAAUCAAUACGGUGACCCAGACUACGAGCGAAGUCCAAGCCCAGAGCGCGUAAUGGCGGAUAAGAAGCGCAAGGCCAUAGAUGAGCAGGUUGCACAGGAAGAAGCGGAAGAUCUAGAAUUCGAAAAGAAGCAGAGGGCAGACUCGUUAGAUCCCGUGGUGGCAGCCCUUGAGCUACUCAAGCAUGAGCUACAGGAAAAGGUCCUUAGCGACAUCAAAACCCGCCUAGCUGCACCCACCAUACUUGAGUUGAUGGACCCCAAUCUCCACGUGGCGAAGCGGCGAAAGCUCGACAUCUCAGACCCACCAAAGAAGGAGGAUGACAUACGACCACCGAUACUUCUGGCUCCUGGGUUGGAUAACUUUGGAGCUGGCACACCAAGGUCCCGUGCUGCAGGGUUUGCUGGACGUGGUCGCAAGGCGCUUGGCCCGUACGACGCCAACCGACAACGUGGGAAGAAGCCCCCUCGAAUCGUGAAUGCCUUCGCAGACGAGCGAAGGAAGGCAUCCGCCCCCAAACCCCGUGUCGCCCGUGGCCUUCAUCGACAGAUGAUUGAAAUGUUUGAACCGGAGGAAUCGGACGAUGAAUCGCAAAGUGUUUUGACACGCGGUACGGAAGAGCAGGAAAGUCGACCUAUCAGCCGCGCUCCUUCAACUGAAGUUGAGGAAGACGAAGAAGAGCAGUCAUCAAGAGCCCACCGUGCCAAACGGCGUCGCAUUGAAACCGGCUGGGGCGAGGAUAGUGAUGAUGAGAUGGACGAUUCGCACGCUAGGAGCCUGCUUGCUCAUUGCAUCCACAAAGAUCCCGAAAACAUGGCCGAGAAAGAGCUGGAACAAGUGCUUGCCAUUCUGCCACGUUCUUCGCCCAUCUGGAAGAAGGCAGACAAAGCGCUCAAGGGUUUCAGGAGGUUGCGGAAGAUUGAACAAGAAGCAGACGCAAUCUUUGGCGUCGAGACAAGCCCGGUUGACAAACUUGAUCCUGAAGUUAUCAUCACACAAGACGACGAAGCGCUCAAACCGAUUGAGACAACCGAACUGCCUGAGACACUCAAGUCACUCAAGAAGAAGCAGAGCGCCACCAAAUCCAAGAAGAAGACCAAGAAACAGCUGGAGGAAGAGGCCAAGGCUGCGAAGGUUGAAUUAUCGGAGAUUGCGACACCCGUGGACGAAGAUAUUGCGGAAGUCAAAGAUCAGAAAGAGAUCACCGAAGUUCCUAUCACAGAAGAGACACCAGAAGAAGACGAGCGAGGUUCCGUUUACUGGGGCGUAUCUUCUGUCGAACCUCGCAAGACGGUUGAAGAUGAUCUGAGUGUGGUGAUGGACAUUGAUGGUUGGCAACAUAUGCUCAAAGACGACGAGGAUCUGCGUCACCUAAAGACGGUCAUGGACUCCGUUGCUGCGGCGAACAUCGGAGACGCUCAGUCUUGGGCUUGGAAGCAAAAAUCUAUCAAGCACCUCAAUCGACCUGGCGAAGAAGGCGUCUCUCGCACCGAGACCAAGAUCGAAGGUUACUAUGUUCCAAAUCCAACUGGAUCAGCCAGGACAGAAGGUGUCAAGAAGAUUCGCGAAUCCGAGAAAUCGAAGUACCUACCGCAUCGUAUUCGGGUUCAGAAACAACGCGAAGAACGCCAACGCCGAGCCAAACAGGAAGAACGAAGUGUCAUUUCAGUGGAAGGCUUCAAGUUCCAGGCUUCGUCUCAUAAGACAUCGACAGCCAACUCCCGCGCCAACCGUGCCAACAAUCGCCGCAUGGUAAACGACAUCAACAUUUCCAAGAACAUGUCCGGCGCCGAAGGUGAUGCCUUGCGCUUCAACCAGCUUAAGAAGCGAAAGAAACUUGUCAAGUUCGACCGAUCCGCCAUCCACAACUGGGGCCUAUACGCACAAGAGAGCAUCGCCGCAAACGACAUGAUCAUCGAAUACGUCGGUGAGAAGGUGCGUCAGCGCGUUGCCGAUUUGCGCGAGGCAAAGUAUGACAUGCAAGGCGUGGGCUCAAGUUACCUCUUCCGAAUCGAUGAAGAUACGGUCAUUGAUGCAACGAAGAUGGGUGGCAUUGCAAGGUUCAUCAACCAUAGCUGUACGCCUAAUUGCACAGCGAAGAUUAUUCGCGUGGACAACACGAAGCGCAUCGUCAUCUAUGCGCUGCGAGACAUUGGACAAGAUGAAGAACUCACUUACGACUACAAGUUCGAGCGCGAAAUGGACGCUACGGAUCGUAUUCCUUGUCUCUGCGGUUCUGUCGGCUGCAAGGGCUUCCUCAACUAAGCCUCCACACAUUACAACUUCCUUUUGCAUCUCCGUUCAACCAACUAUUUUUCCUGCGACGCUGUUUCAACACCAUCUGAUAGGGAUUCGGAUUUGAAUAGCUUGGCUCAGGCUCCAAGCCGUACCCUGGCGCACUAGGUGCAUCUACCGGCGUUAUAUAUCUUGAUAUUUUCUACCGCCACUUGGCCGGCUCAUGUAUCAUUCGAAC